CUGUCAUUAAUCAAGCGUGAGGGUAACUGGAUGUUGGAGCCUUUGGGAGGAAUAAGAGAUAGUCAUUAAGACCUUGGUGGAGGAACCGGUGACGGCCAGUCUACACGCGAUGAGGACAUGAAGACAGACACUUCCACGGCUACCAAGACGACCCUUCCCCCGCCAUUGGUAACAAGUACAGAUUCGCCAUCACCAACCACCACAUCAUUCCCACCUCUAGCGGUAACCAGUACGGACUCGCCAUCGCCCACGACAACGACGUUCCCUCCCAAAAUCACAUCUAGCGCUGUGCCUUUUCUUAACCAUCCCCAACUCUCCAGCUCCUCUACCCUGGCUUUCCCGACUGUCCCAAAUACUUUCGUGACAAUUUCUUCGGCGCUUCAACCUGUGCAGGCAAAGCCCUCGCCUACAAACAUCGCGCUCGCGCCAGCUAUUUCGGACACAACAACCCCCACUACUUCGCGGUCCCCUAUUAUCACAAAUGGCCUGUCAACCACAUCCACGGCUGCGCGCCAGCUCGAAACUAGCGUGACGGAGACGAUAUCCACGUCCGUGGUCCCCGUUGCUGACUCCGUAACAAUGCCGACCGAUGGUUUGGGCCCGGAACAGUACCGAGACAAUGGGAAGGUGCAUCUCGACGCCGGCUCCGUGGCCGGGAUAGCGGUGGGAAGCAGUAUUGGCACUAUGGUGAUAGCCGCCAUGCUCUUCAUCAUCUGGCGAAAGUGGGGCAAGGGAGGGCCGAGCAAAAGAAGCUCCGAUGAGGACUCCCCCUCCUCGGGCUCGGCCGCAGGAGGUGUCCGACAAUAUCUGCCGCGCCGCUUCACGCACAAAUCGGACGACCGGAUCAUGAACGAGCUCAUACAGGGCGCGUACUCUGUCGAGAACGGAGCUCGCAACAGCUAUCUGGACCAGAUGCCCGCCAACUCGAGCGGCUACCUUGAGGAAAAGAGACGAAGCCUGGAAGAUGACGAGGUACCCAUCUUACCGGCAGAGCCGGAACAGGUAGCGCAGCCGGGGUUCAAGCGGACGAAGAGGAUAUCGCGCUGGCUUGGGAGGCAGGACAGCGAGAUGAUGAACCCGAUGAUGGCCCGGGCGAGUUUGGUGUCGAACGCGACAGGUCUCCGUACUCUGGAUCUGAGGAGCAUGUCAGGAUGGGGCAGCGACGACGGCUACAGCGAGUACACCCGGUUUACGUUGCCGCCAACGCAGCUGCAGCCAGCACCACGCCGGGUAGAUGAGACACCAGAAGACGUCGUGCUGCCUGAGCCGCUCGACAUCAAGAAAGCGGAGCAGCCGGAUGCCCAGGGUGUCGACGUCAGGAUCCGGGAUAGCACGCCAAUAGCUCAAUUCCCGUCGCCUGAGGAGUUAAAGUUGCCUCCCGCUAUCGGAAGGCCGCCAUCUGUGACGGCUCGUACUGAAGUGACGGGUCGAAGCUCGGGGUCGUGGAAUACCUGGGGUGUAAUGCAACAUCGCGAAAAGCCGAAGGGCUGGAAGGAAAAGAUGGGCAUGUAAACUGAUAGUUUUAGCGAGUCAGCCUGUAAAUAGUCCGAACGACAAGCAUAAUACAAGAUCAAUCAUGAACAUACAAG